AUGGAAAUCAAUUCAGUAUUUUUGCAUACGAGGAGCAUGUUAAAUUUGUACGGAGUGAAGAAGAAGUCGACCUCAUUUCGUGUUGUUGCUCUAUUAAACAUCAUCACGCUAGCUGUUUUCCGCAUCAGUGUGUCUGUCUACUUGGUGUACUGGGCCAUAAUGCAAAUAACCGUUAUUCCGUGGGUGCACUGCAUCUUCUGCAUCUUUGUGAUUUUUUCUUUGUUCUGCUCGAAUGCGGUUCUCACAUACAGGGUGAUGGCGGCUGAUGGUCUUUUUGGAGCUGCUAGGGCUCGUAAACCACCACUGGCGCCCGUAGCAUGUGCCUCAGUCACUGUUGAAAAUGGAGAUCGAAAUGAGGGCGAAGCUGACGAUGAUGAUGAUGAGGAUGGUCAACAUGAAGUUGCCGUCCAGACUACGGAUGCUCGUAUUCUUGUCGAUGACGUCACUCAAACGGUUGCUUAA